UCCGUUAGAUAGAUCAUUAGCGGUAGCCGCAUGCUUACGCUCGCCGCCGGUGUCCGAUCUCCGCAUAGAACCCAGAGACUUCCAGAUGCAGCUCAAAGCUUCUGCUCUCGAAUUAAAAGAGGAUAAUUGGCGGUCACGUCGAUCGAUCGUUUUGUCGCUCGAAUUGGAGGGCAGAUGGCCGGCUAUUACCUUUGGAAAAGCUUCAGCGAGGACGAAGACCGGCCGGAGAAGCCUCGGCGGUGUGGGGUGACGGAGAUUCGGAGUCCUGAGUACAGUAUCAUGAGUUUUUCUAUCUCGCAGGAUAUACUAGAAUCCAUUGGAGAAUUUGUUGACGGUUUGAAAUUUUCUGGUGGCUCACACAGUUUACUGCCCAAAACUUAUGUCAAAGAAAUUACAGACCUGGCACAUAGGCAUGGUGUUUACGUUAGUACAGGUGAUUGGGCAGAACAUCUGCUAAGGAAAGGGCCUGCAUCAUUCAAACAAUAUGUGGAGGAAUGUAAGAACUUGGGAUUUGACACAAUUGAACUUAAUGCUGCUUCGCUUAAGAUCCCAGAAGAGUCUCUCUUGAGGUUCGUUCGCCUCAUAAAGAAUGGUGGCCUUAAAGCCAAGCCACAGUUUUCAGUGAAGUUUGAAGGAUCUGAUAUUCCGACUGCUGGGAAUAGGGCCUUUGGAGCUUAUGUUGCUCCAGUCCAAAGAAAUUACGAAAUUGUAGAAGACGUGGAUUUACUGAUCAGAAGGGCUGAGAGAUGUUUAGAAGCUGGGGCUGAUAUGAUCAUGAUCGAUGCUGAUGAUGUUUGCAAAUAUGCUGAAGAUUUACGCACAGACAUGAUUGCAAAAAUUGUCGCACGUCUGGGCCUGGAGAAGACGAUGUUCGAAGCAUCCAACGCAAAGACAUCCGAGUGGUUUGUAAAACGAUAUGGGCCAAAGGUGAAUAUUUUUACCGAUCAUUCUGAGGUGAUGAAGUUGGAAUGUCUCCGCGGAGGUAAUCUGGGCAGAAACCAUGCGUCUGUGCUUGGGCUCGACUCUUCAUUUUAUUUCUUCAGAUGAGUUUUUUUUUUAUUUUGCGGCGCUGCAUUGCAGUAAUGUGUGAUUUGAUGCGUCUGUUUAGUUUGGUGAAGUCAUGAAUAACUUGAAUAACUUUGUGGUGUCGCGUUUCAUUUCCAUGGUAAAAGUGAUUUUGGUUUUACUCAAUUGGAAAGGAAUUUGCCUGAUUACUC